CCCCUUGUCCUGCCUCCCUGGCCUAUUAAGCAUUCACCUCUCGGAGCCCAGAGAAACCCGGCCCCGGCGCCUGCGUCAUGCUUAAGGUGGGACUGCGGCUAGGCGGCUGUGCUCAGGCGUGGUGCUCGGUGAGGAUGGCGAGUGCCGGGGUGACCCGCCAGAAACCGCUCGCGAAUAAGGUGGCCCUCGUUACGGCCUCCACGGACGGGAUUGGCUUUGCCAUCUCGCGGCGUCUUGCCCAGGAUGGGGCCCAUGUGGUCAUCAGCAGUCGGAAACAGAAAAAUGUGGACCGUGCAGUGGCCACACUCAAGGGGGAAGGGCUUAGCGUGACAGGCACCGUAUGCCACGUGGGGAAGGCGGAGGACCGGAAGCAGCUGGUGGCCAUGGCUGUCAACCUUCAUGGAGGUAUUGAUAUCCUGGUCUCCAAUGCUGCUGUCAACCCCUUCUUUGGAAACCUGAUGGAUGUCACUGAGGAUGUAUGGGACAAGACUCUGGACAUUAAUGUGAAGGCCACAGCUCUGAUGACAAAAGAAGUGGUGCCAGAGAUGGAGAAACGAGGAGGUGGCUCUGUGGUGAUUGUGUCGUCCGUAGCAGCCUUCACACCAUUUCAUGGCCUGGGUCCUUACAAUGUUAGUAAAACAGCCUUAUUGGGCCUUACCAAGAACCUGGCCUUAGAGCUGGCUCCAAAAAACAUUAGAGUGAACUGCCUGGCGCCUGGACUCAUCAAGACUAAUUUCAGCAGUAUGUUUUGGAUGGACAAGACAAAAGAGGAAAAUGCAAAAAAUUUCAUGCAAAUUGAAAGGAUCGGCAAGCCAGAGGAGUGUGCAGGCAUCGUGUCUUUUAUGUGCUCUGAAGACGCCAGCUACAUCACAGGGGAGACGGUGGUGGUAGGGGGAGGAACCCCAUCACGCCUCUGAGGCCCACCUCUGCCUGUCAUUCUACUCACCCUACAAAAUCAGUUCUGCACUGUGAUAAGUUCCAACCCUUCCAGUCAAGAAGUUCUGAUGAAGGUUCUCACUGUUGCUGUGGCCUUGGAUAAAGGCUUCCUUGAGAACACAGUGCUUGCCUGCUGAGAAGCCUGCAUCUACCUUGGCAAAGACCAACAAAUAUUUUUUACCUAGAUCUCUGGGGAAUUUGAGGGGAGAUGGGAGAGAGCCUGGAGUGGAAGGAGCAGAGCUGAAAAUCAACAGCUUGGAAAUGAGGUGCAAAUAAAAUGCAAAUGAUCGCCUCGCUCUGAA